AGUUUGUGGCCUGCAUGGCUCUGUAGAGGAUGAAGCCCAGCCCCACAGGCUCCUCCCCAGAGACCUGCAGAGCUGCAGGCCAGGACGAGAAGAGCUGCCCUGUCUGCCAGGCCUGGGGAGGGGUCUUAGGUCCAGGCUCUGGCUUGAGGUCAGGGCCGGGGCCCAGGCCCGGUGUGGUUCUGGGGUCUGGGCCAGGACCUGGUGCUGUUUUGGGGCCAGGAUCUGGGUUGGUACCCAGUCCAGGAGCUGCCCCGUUACCUGAGCCAGAGUCUAGGUCAGUGUCUGGGCCAGGAGCAGGGCCUGGGGCCAGGCGAGGCUCUGGGUCUGGACCCAAACCCGACGAAUCGACAACCCCAGCACCAGCAGCAGGGCAGAAGACGCAAGCCAAGCCCGGACAGGCCCCCAGGCGGAAGGUUCUGGUGACCGGAGGAGGAGGCUAUCUGGGCUUCAGCCUGGGUUCCAGCCUGGCCGAGAGAGGCACUUCUGUCGUCCUGCUCGACCUCCGCAGACCCCAGUGGGAGCUGCCCCCGAGGACUGAGUUCACCCAGGCUGACGUCCGAGAUGAGGAAGCUCUGUACCGGGCCUUGGAAGGGGUGGACUGCGUCUUCCAUGCGGCCUCCUGUGGGAUGUCCGGUGCUGAGAAGCUGCAAAAAGAACAGAUUGAGUCUAUAAAUGUUGGAGGCACCAAGCUAGUGAUCGAUGUCUGUGUCCGCCGGCGGGUUCCGAGGCUCGUCUACACCAGCACUGUCAAUGUGGCAUUCGGGGGGAAGCCCAUAGAGCAGGGUGAUGAGGACUCCGCGCCAUACUUCCCACUGGACAAGCACAUGGACCACUACUCCCGAACCAAAGCCAUCGCCGACCAGUUGACCCUGAUGGCUAACGGGACUCCUCUCCCAGGAGGAGGGACUCUUAGGACCUGUGUCCUCCGGCCCCCAGGGAUUUACGGCCCCGAAGAGCAGAAGCACCUGCCCCGAGUUGCGAGCUAUGUCAAGAAGAGGCUGUUCGUGUUCCGAUUUGGGGACCGGAGGGCAAGGAUGAACUGGGUCCACGUGCGCAAUCUGGUGCAGGCACACGUGUUGGCGGCCGAGGCCCUCACCGCAGCCAAGGGCUACGUGGCCAGUGGCCAGGCGUACUACAUCAACGACGGGGACAGUGUCAACCUCUUCGAGUGGAUGGCCCCACUGGUAGGUGUGGGGACACCAGCCCCUCUCACAGGGAGAAUCUGGAGUCCCGUCUUCGGUCCCCUCACCUUCCCUGCUUCCAGAACAGUCCGAGCCCUCACCUUGGAACUGCCUGCUUCCCGAUCUCUACUGGCUUCUGGCCCUCUGGGCCUUUUGUUGUUUUGUCCGUUUAUUUGCCCUGCUAGGGAUGGAGCCCAAGGACUUGCAUAUGCUAAACAAGGGAUGCUAAGCAAGUGCUCUGCCCUUGAGCUUCAUCCCCAGCCUGCCUGUGGGCUUUUGCUUGUGAUCCACCAGCCUGGGUGUGGAGGCCCUGAAAGAGGUCUGAAGAAAGUGCCCAAAGCACAGAGGAAGGUGUUCAGGCCUGGGCUCCUGGGAGAGCUCUGGGAGAACUCUGGCUUCCUCCCUUAGUAGCCCACAGACUCCUGCAGGGCCCAGGUCUGCGCAGAAGGGGUAGAGCAGAAAUCCCAGGCUGGAGGCCACCUCCCCCAGCUCACACAUUCCCUCCUCAAAGUCGCCUUCCAAAUGGGCUGAGCCAGCCUGAUGUAGCCAGCAAGAGAUUCUUGUCUCUGGCUCUGGUAACCUCCAGAGGUUUGGGUUUGUUUCGUUUAAAUCACGAGUUUAUGGAGAUGUAACUCACAAACCAUGCAAUUCACCAAUUUUAAGCAUACAAGUCGGUGAUUUUCAGUUUAUUCAGAGUUGUCGAACGAUUACCGUCAUUAAUUUUAAAUCAAGUCAUCAUCCUCAGAUAAACAAAACAAACCUGUAUCUAUCAGCAGUCAGUAACCCACCCCGAAGCAAGGACAAAGCUUUCUGUCUGUAGAUUUCCUUAGUCUGGACAUUUCCUGUAAAUGGAAACAUGCAAUGUAUGACCUUGUGGGUUUGCUUCUUUGCCUUAGUUUUCAAGUUUGAUCUGUGUUGUGGCGUGUAUCAUGCUGUGUUUUAAAUUUCAUUCCAUUUUAUUGCCAAAAAUAUUCCAUUCUAUGGCUAUAUCACCUACUGUUUUAUCUAUUCGUCAGUUGAUGGAAGUAUGGGUUCUGCACUUUGGGGCUGCUGUGAACACUGUACAUUUCUGUGGACCCAUGUUUUCAGUUCUCUUAGAUAUAUACCUUGGAGGGUUGCUGGGUUGCAGGUAACUCUAACCAUUUUUAGAGGAACUACCAAACUCUUGUCUACAGGAGCUGCAGUAUUUUGCAUGUCCGCGCAGUGUAACAGGCUCCCUUUUCUCCUCAUCCUGCCAACCCUUGCUAUGAUCUGCCUUUACGACCUGGAGAAGUUUUACGCCAGUGAGGAGCUCAGUUCAUCCCUCGCAAGCCUGUCCCUUCAUGCAUCUCCUACCACCUUCUCACACUUACUAAUGUUUCCCUUUAAUAGAAAAGUCCAUUCUAGAAAAAUCAGACACGACUUAAGUGCCCGAGAGUGUCUUUAGGUGUGGGAAGAUAUAAAUAAUAAUCAAAUGAUGUGAAUGGUCCUGGGUUAAAAACCACCCACACACUCAGUUCCUACUCAAGUUGUCCAGAACAAGGAGUAAAUUUCGAGACUGGUGGGGACGUGGGGCUGGCUUCAGGCUCUGCUCCUGUGGGCCAGUGGGGGGUCCUCGGCCAGGGCAGGUUACAGAAAGCAGGUGGUCUUUCCACGCCAGCCCCUGAGCAACCUGUUCUCAUCUCAGACCAUAUUCCCUUGCAGUUUGAGAAGCUGGGAUACAGCCAGCCCUGGGUCCAGGUACCUACUUCAUGGGUUUACCUGACAGGUAAGGAGAGGCA